AUGACGCCAAGAAACGUCACAGCUUUAGUUGGUAAUUCUGCAUACCUCACGUGCAUAGUUAAAAAUUUAGCCAAUAAAACGGUGUCUUGGAUACGUCACAGAGACAUACACAUAUUAACGGUUGGUGUUUACACGUAUACGAGCGAUCAAAGAUUCAUGGCGACGCAUCACAAGGACAACGACGAAUGGACGUUACAAAUAAAAUUUGCACAAAAACGUGACGCCGGAGUUUACGAAUGUCAGAUCAGCACUCAACCGGUCAGAUCGUAUUUUGUUAAUUUAAACGUCGUUGGUGAGUACCGUUCGUUAUUUGCGAUUCAAAGACUACCGACGGCAUCGAUUUUGGGUGGUCCCGAUCUUCACGUCGACAGGGGAAGCACAAUUAAUUUAACAUGCACAAUUAAAUAUUCACCGAAACCUCCUGCUUUUAUAUUUUGGUAUCAUCACGACGAAGUGAUAAGCUACGAUUCCAGUAGAGGAGGGGUUAGUGUUAUCACGGAAAAGGGUGAAAUAACGACAAGUUAUUUGUUAAUACAAAAUGCCGAGUUGUCUGAUUCUGGAAAAUAUUCCUGCAGUCCUUCCAAUGCUGAUGUUGCGAGCGUUCGCGUGCACGUACUCAACGGCGAAAGACCGGCAGCUAUGCAAACGGGUUCUGCAGGGUUAUCAAAUAGUUCAUUUAAUAUCUUAGUUUUAUUAUUUGUUGUUUUUUUUUAUUCUCCGAUGGAUAACGUUACCUACUCUUCAACAAUCGUUUACAGAUAA